AUGUCUACUUCUAUCGAAAACCUCAAGUCCUUUGAUCCCUUCGCCGACACUGGUGACGACGAUACUCAGCCUACCAACUACAUCCAUAUCCGUAUCCAGCAGCGAAACGGACGAAAGACUCUGACCACAGUCCAGGGCCUUCCCGAAGAAUAUGACCUCAAGCGAAUCCUGAAGGUUCUCAAGAAGGAUUUUGCCUGCAACGGAAACAUCGGCAAGGACGAAGAGCACGGUGAGAUUAUUCAGCUCCAGGGAGACCAGCGAGACAAGAUUGUCGACUUCCUGACUGCCAAGCUUCAGAUUGACAAGAAGACCAUCAAGAAGCACGGUUUCUAA